CCCGAGCACCGGGAUCGAGACCUAAUGGCGGGCCCCGGGGACGCCGCCUCGGCCGCCCUGGACGAGCUGUCCCUGAACUUCACGUACUGGGUGCCGGGCGCCGGCAAUGGCUCCCUGUCGGGCGCGUGGUACCGCAGGAACCAGAUUCACCUUUUGGGAGUUUUGCUGGCCAUUUUAGGAAACUUGAUAAUCAGCAUUUCCCUAAAUAUUCAGAAAUAUUCUCAUCUUCAGUUGGCACAACAAGAGCACCCGAGGCCGUACUUCAAGAGCGUGCUGUGGUGGGGGGGAAUCCUACUGAUGGCCGUGGGAGAGACCGGGAACUUUGCAGCCUAUGGAUUUGCUCCCAUUACUCUCAUCGCCCCGUUAGGCUGCAUGUCUGUUACAGGUAGUGCCAUUAUUUCUGUUACAUUUCUGAAAGAAAAUUUGAGAGCCUCAGAUUUACUAGGUACGACAUUGGCAUUUGCAGGAACUUAUUUGUUGGUGAACUUUGCUCCAAAUAUAACUCAGGCCAUCUCGGCAAGAACAGUGCAAUAUUACUUUGUUGGCUGGCAGUUCCUGAUAUAUGUGAUUUUAGAAAUAUUAAUUUUCUGCAUUCUCCUAUAUUGCUAUAAAAGAAAAGAAAUGAAGCACAUAGUGAUUCUGCUAACCCUGGUGGCACUUCUAGCCUCAUUGACUGUUAUUUCAGUAAAAGCCGUCUCAGGCAUGAUCACUUUUUCUAUGACGGAUAAAAUGCAACUAACUUAUCCCAUCUUCUAUAUCAUGUUUAUCAUCAUGAUAGCAUCUUGUGUUUUCCAAGUCAAGUUCCUGAAUCAAGCCACGAAACUCUACAGUACAACGACGGUGGUGCCAGUUAAUCAUAUUUUCUUUACAACCAGUGCCAUUAUUGCAGGUAUCAUAUUUUAUCAGGAAUUCCUAGGUGCCGCUUUUCUCACUGUAUUUAUAUAUCUUUUUGGGUGUUUUCUGUCAUUCCUUGGCGUGUUUUUGGUCACAAGAAAUCGAGCAAAGGAACAUCUGCAACAGUCUUAUAUCGAUUUUGGAAAUAUUCCUGGGAAACAAAUGCUGGACAAAAUACAACCAGAUUCAAAUAGCUUAUCCUAUGGAACUUUGCCUGAUGGAAGCGACUCAACAAAGAGCCAAAGUGGAGAGAAGAAAGAGGUUUAAAAUGCCGAGAGGGAUGGCUGUUGGCCUGUUACUCGAUACCACCUCUUUAAAGAAUUGCACAUGUUCAAUUUGUGUCAGCAGCUAUUUUAUGCUGACAUACGCUAGCAUUCCUUUCAGUGCCCCCCCUCCCACCUCAAUUUCUAUGGACAAUCAGGCCUUCUAAGCUUUGACAGUCUAAUGCUGUCAUGGAAUGUAAUCUGAAGUGUGCCCCACACCCUGGACUUCUCCCUAGUGAUCCUUUCACCGGCUAGAUCUUAAUUAGAGCCUGGCUGCUCAAGCAGGAAUGUUGCACAAAAACGUACAUUCGCGAUUUGGUCACAGAACACAUAGGUUGCUUCUCCCACGUGCCUAGAGGUUGUAUGGCUUUAAAGAGACACUUUAGCCCCACAACCGCAUUCCUGAAAGAAAGGUUUGAGAACAUUCAUUUUUUUUCUAGGGCAACUUUUAUGAGCCUCCCCAUAAAAAUCUCACCUUUCUAGUCCUAAAUUAGAAUGGCAAGUCAUCUU